GAGAGUGAGGGCAGAAAAUGAGGUGGUUGGCACGAAGAUGGCAGUUGGAGCGUGUUCAUGCCUGAUAACACCCUGCCCCUGCACAGCAGCCCAGGGGUAGGACAGGACCCCUUGGGCCAGCCUCCACAACUUGCACCGGGAAGCUGUAACAUGAACCAGCAAGAAGCACCUUUUUUUUUUCCUGGUUUCCCUUGAAGCAAGAAGUGUAACAGCUUGGAAAGCACAGAUAAAGGACAUGUUUAAUUAGAGAGGGUGAUUUGGGGUAACAGAAGGAGGAAACAGAGUGUUAGCCUGUCAAGAAGGCCUCAGCAGUUUGCUCAGCUCGGGUUUCAGCCAGGACAGAGGACCACAGGGAGGUGAGAGCCCAGGAUGAUCAGCCAGCCCGGGGGGGCCCGGCCGCGGCGCUCGGGCGAGAGCUACGAGGAGAAGUGCGAGCGGCGCCACGAGAUCAGGGAGAACCUGCGGAGGAGGAACAACCUGACCACCUGCCGGCACCUGCCCAGGGGAGCAGAGCAGCCACUCCAGAGCCCACGCCAAAGGGAGUUCCUGAGGAGGAGAAACCUGGCAAGCGAGGUGGGAAGGGCACCCCCGAGGCAGGAGCCUGAGGCGCAAACCCCAUCGGACUCCUCGGUCCUGCUCCAGGACCCGUGGAGCUGCCCCACAUCACCCCCUGCACAGUCUCUGCUCUGCCUCAGCAUCCCCCUUGGCAUCCCUGCAGAAACCAUUCCUGGGCAAAGUGUGAACACCCAAGGAACACAGACCCUUGCAAGCCCACGAGAAGGAGUGAAAGACUCGAGCCAGCAGACAGACUGUGGAGCAGCAGUUUUUAAUAAGGAAAUGAUGCAGCUGUCCAACUACCUGAAGGUGGGCUCUGCACGGGAGCUGCUGCUCAAGCAGAAGAUGAUGAUUUUGCAGGAGCUUUUCUCCACACUGCUGGAAGCCUCAGAGAAAUCCUGGCAGGGUCAGCUGAAUGAAGACAAACUGAAGUGUAAACUAAGGGCCCUUGAAAAUCAGCUGCAGGCUUGCACCCAGAGCUACUCCAAGGAGUGUGUGAAGAAGAUCCUGAUAGAGAUGGAGGACCAGAAGCAGACCUACGAGCAGAAGGCAAAAGAGGCUCUUCAGAAGAUGCUGGAGGACAAGCUCCAAACAGAGCAGCAGCUGCAAAACUCUCAGAGGAGCUUGGCAGCGACCAGAGAGGACCUUGCCUUCUGGAAAGAGCAUGACAAUGCUCUCAAAGCCGAACUGACCAAGGUGACCACGGCCCACACCGAGCUCAAAACCAGCUUCCACAGCUUACAGAGUGAGCUGCAGAGAGCAGAGGCACAGAACGAGGAGCUGCACCGGGCGCUGCAGAGCCUGCGGAGCGAACACACCGCGCUCCACCUGAGAGCCACUGCCCUGAGCCAGGACAACGACCUCAAGGCCCAGCACAUCACUGCCAUCGAAGAUAAACUGCAAAAAGAGCAAAAGCAGAAGGUAAUGCUGGAGGCAACAGUCAGCCACUUGCACAACUUGAUCCAGAACAACCAACAGACGAGCCAGGAGGUGGCGGUGCAGAGGAAAGACCAGGUUUUCACCACCCAGACCCCACCUCUCACUCCUGCCAAGGAAAACCAAAACACUCUGUUAGAGCACCCUGAGGAGGAGGAGGAGGGAGAAGAAAGUCUGAAGGAUGAGAUGCAGAAAAGGACAUCCCAGCUCACAGCAAAGGAGAACGAGGUGCUCACGGACACACAGGCAGCAGGAGCCAGACCCCCCCGUCCGGGCGGUGCCCGCGCGCGGGUGAAGCGCUGCAGCCUCUGCGGGGGCCCUGCCAGGCUGCCUGGGUACAAAAGGGAGGGGACCCCCGGUAACACCCCCUUGCUGUGCUUGCAGUGCUGGGAGCUGCGCUCGGAGCUGGAGGCCCUGAGCGAGGAGUACCACUCGUGCCUGACCAGGCUGCGCCAGUGCCGGGACGAGCUGAACCGCUCCCACAGCCAGCAGGCCAAGAGGCAGCAUUGUCACUGGAUCCCCCUCCUGCUGGCACUCACAGCAGUGGCCAUUGCCACCUUUCUGGCAAGUUACAGACCGUGAAGAGCCUCCUUGAUGACUGACUUUACUGCUGGAACUGACUGUGCUUCCCCAAAAGUCACGACCUCGCCGCAGUGCACUAUCUGCUGUUUUGUACCUGCGUGUUUGGUUCAUAUCCUGAGCUGGUCUCACUCCAGACAAACUCCCAAUAAAUGCUGGAAUAUCAACCCCUUCCCUCAGGUCCUUUGGUUAUUCUGUUCCAGCUGAAGGUUGCACUGCCCUGUCCCCCAUGGCACUGAAGGACAAAGCCACUCUGGUCAUCAGUGACAGGUCUCACACAGGGAGAGAGGGACAGGGCAUCCCACGCCCUCGGGAUCCAGCCUCCCUGCCUUUUUUGCCCCCAAAAUUCUCUUCCUCUAUUUACUGUCCCUCUCUACUUGUACCUGACAAUGAAACCUGGCUCAGGGAGGCUCUUUAGCACAAUCCCCUUGUUUUCCCCCCCAUUCCUGUUUUGAGCAAUUUUUCCACCUCCCAUCCACCAGGCCCUGGCAGGUUUUACAGAACUUGACCCUCACUCAUGCAGAGGCUCAGCU